UUCCAGCGGCGGCACCUGGGGUGCUCAUUGUUCAUCGGGGUACCAACAGAGGAACCAUGGCCGAGGAGCAGCGGGACCUCAUCUCCGACCGUGGCAGCGGCGUGGUCAAUGUUGGGGACGCCCGCAGGUCCUCAUUGGGCCGCAAAGCUGCCUUCUCCACACUCUCCAUCCUGGUGGCCCUGCUGAUCGCCGGCCAGGCUGUCACCGUCUACUUCGUCUACCAGCAGAGCGGGCAGAUCAGCAAGCUGACCAAGACCUCCCAGACCCUACAGCUGGAGGCGUUGCAAAAGAAGCUGCCCGCCAGUGCCAAGCCGGUGAACAAGAUGAAGAUGGCCAUGGUGAACACGCCCCUGGCCAUGAGGGUCCUGCCUCUUGCCCCCUCUGCAGGCAACAUGGGCAUGGCCCCCGCUAGCAACAAGACUGAGGACCAAGUGAAGCACAUCCUGCUGCAAGGAGACCCCAUGAAGAUGUUCCCGGAGCUGAAGGACAACCUGAUGGACAACCUGAAGCGCCUGAAGAGCACCAUGACUGAUGUGGACUGGAAGGCCUUUGAGUCCUGGAUGCACAAGUGGCUGCUGUUCGAAAUGGCCAAGAACCCCAAGGUGGAGGAGCAUAAGGCCAUCCCGGCGGAGAAAGUGCAAACUAAGUGCCAGGCGGAGGCCAAUUUUGGGGGUGUCCGGCCGGGUCACUUCCGCCCCCAGUGCGAUGAGAACGGCGACUACCUGCCCAAGCAGUGCAAUGCCUCCACGGGCUACUGCUGGUGCUCCUACAAAAAUGGCACCAGGAUUGAGGGCACUGCCACUCGGGAAAAGCUGGACUGCCCUGACACCACCGCUGCCACGGCAGAGCCGGAGGAGAUGAUGUUCUCCGGGGUGGACAUGCUCAAGCUGGGGGCGGAGAAAGCAGUCACAGAGUAGAAGAGGACACCAGUGGAUGCCUGUCUCCUCGUCAGCAUCCCAGCUCCUGUGGUCUAAUUUUUUUUUUGCUCUGUAUCAUUUCUGCUCUUACGUCGCUUUCCUGAGACGAUUAACAGCGGGCACCCCUGCGCGCUCCUGCCCCUCUAGACACGGGUUGGGCCCCUUCCUUCCCCUGCUGCAAGGCCACCAGACAGGGCUGAGAUGCCACCAGGAUCAGUGCUGGAGACCAAGCGUUUCCUCAGAGGGUGGGUAAAACAGGCUGGGAAAUGAUUUUCGGCGAUGUCAGACGCACAGCCCUGUUCCCUUUCGCUCCCUGGCCCCCGCAGCACCGCUCACCCCUGCUGAAGAACGAGCCACUAACGCUUUCUUACACUGAACAAACAUUAAAGGCAGCAAAACCACCUCCACCAGCUUCUUAACUGACCCCUGUAGGUGGAAGCCCUAGGAAAUUACUGGGAGAGAGAGUUUUUCUUGUGGAGUGCUCAGUUUUGUAGAGAAGAGAUGCUCACCUUCAGCUUUUGCCUUCAGGCUGGAGAACAGCCGCAGCAGUGGGGAACAGUGGGCAGAGGAUCUGACCCUGGAGGCAGAGGGGCUUCCAAUUUUCCUAAAUGUAUCUGAUAGUUCCUUCAUAAGAUGAUCUCACAAGCCAAAUUAUUUCAAAUAAACUUCUGAAUAAGAAA